UAGGCGGGAGGGCACCCCAGUUUCCUACUGGGGGCAGUCAGAGAGUGUGCGUCUGGAGAGGGGGAGACUGUUAACCCUUUCGGCCUAUUGGCGGGAAUUGGAUCGCUAAACAUCCCCUCCGUCCCCCAUAGGGAGCUGAGGUUUUGAGACCCUCCACCUUUGAUUUGGGCCAACGUGCGGGCACAGCGCGUCUCCCAGCAGCCCCCUUCCUCCUACAGAGCCCGUUUCCGGCUUCCGAGCCUCCAAGAUGUUACUAUUGCUGCUGCUGCUGCUGUCGCCCAUGUGUUGGGCCGUGGAGGUCAAGCGGCCCCGGGGUGUCUCCCUAACCAACCAUCACUUCUACGACGAGUCUAAGCCUUUCACUUGCCUGGAUGGCUCUGCCAGUAUCCCUUUUGAUCAGGUCAAUGAUGACUACUGUGACUGCAAAGAUGGCUCAGAUGAACCAGGCACAGCUGCCUGUCCCAACGGCAGCUUCCACUGCACCAACACUGGCUACAAGCCCCUGUACAUCUCCUCCAGAUGGGUCAACGACGGCGUUUGCGACUGCUGCGACGGGACGGACGAGUACAACAGUGGGAUUGUCUGUGAAAACACCUGCAGAGAGAAGGGCCGUAAGGAGAGAGAGACUCUGCAGCAGAUGGCGGAGGUGACCCGUGAGGGGUUCCGCCUGAAGAAGAUUCUGAUCGAGGACUGGAAGAAGGCCCGAGAGGAGAAGCAGAAAAAGCUCAUUGAGCUGCAGGCUGGCAAGAAGUCCCUGGAGGACCAGGUGGAGAUGCUGCGGGCAGUGAAGGAGGAGGCCGAGAAGCCAGAGAAGGAGGCCAAAGACAAGCACCGGAAGCUGUGGGAAGAACAGCAAGCUGCCUCCAAGGCCCAGCGGGAGCAGGAGCUGGCUGCCAGUGCCUUCCAGGAGCUGGACGAUGACAUGGAUGGGGCGGUCUCGGUGGCCGAGCUGCAGACCCACCCGGAGCUGGACACAGAUGGAGAUGGGGCACUUUCAGAAGGGGAAGCCCAGACCCUCCUCGGGGGAGACACACAGACGGAUGCUGCUUCCUUCUAUGACCGUAUAUGGGCUGCCAUCCGGGACAAAUACCGGUCCGAGGUGCUGCCCACUGACCCGCCAUCGCCUUCUGUACCCGACUUGAUGGAGCCUAAGGAAGAGCAGCCCCCGGUGCCUUCACCACCCACAGAGGAGGAGGACGAGGACGAGGAGGAAGAAGAGACAGAGGAGGAGGAGGAGGAGGAAGAGGAGGAAGAGGAUUCCCAGGUGCAGGGGGAGCAGCCCAAGGAGGCCCUGCCCCCACCCGUGCCCCCCCAAGCAGCCAGCCCCACAGAGGAGGACAAAAUGCCGCCCUACGACGAGCAGACACAGGCCUUCAUCGAUGCCGCCCAGGAGGCCCGCAACAAGUUUGAGGAGGCCGAGCGUUCCUUGAAGGACAUGGAGGAGUCCAUCAGGAACCUGGAGCAGGAGAUUUCCUUUGAUUUUGGCCCCAACGGGGAGUUUGCCUACCUGUACAGCCAGUGCUACGAGCUCACCACCAAUGAGUAUGUGUACCGGCUCUGCCCCUUCAAGCUUGUCUCGCAGAAACCCAAGCUCGGCGGCUCCCCCACCAGCCUCGGCACCUGGGGCUCGUGGGCUGGCCCCGACCACGACAAGUUCAGCGCCAUGAAGUACGAGCAGGGCACGGGCUGCUGGCAGGGCCCUAACCGCUCCACCACUGUGCGCCUGCUGUGCGGGAAGGAGACAGUGGUGACCAGCACCACGGAGCCCAGCCGCUGCGAGUACCACAUGGAGCUGAUGACGCCAGCCGCCUGCCCGGAGCCGCCGCCCGAACCGCCUGCUGAGGGCGACCAUGACGAGCUCUAGUCCUGCCCUGCCUGGCACACAGAACCUCAAGACAUGGAACUGGCCCCCAGCGGUGCUGCCCACCUGCCCUCAGUCUGUGGAUCAAAGCUUGCCCUUCAGGAUCUCCUAGUGGUCCCUGCGGGGCAGGAACCGGGUGGGGCUCCGUGCCCUGCUCUCAGGGGCCAGGUGGGGCACAGCCAUGUUCCCAGGCCCUGGCUGCCUCCACAGAUGUUAAAAAGGAGACUGCUUUCCCUGGACCCCCCACCCUGGUGGCCCCCACCCCACGGCCCCACCCUGUCCCUCACCCAGGGCAUCUGCCUCCCCUCCUGGUGGGGAUAAAUGACUUAAUCUGUGACCUCCAAACAAUAAACGUGACCCCCCACAA